CGUAGAUCAACCUCUUGAUUGCACAAACGCGUGCAACGAAACAUUCGCGUAAUAGGGGCUUACUUCAGUUAGCUUCAACUCCGCCAUGCAAUCGCCGGUGACCCGUCAUCUGUAAGAUCUGGAAUGCCGGUCUUCGUCAGCACUUCAGCAUGCAUCAAGCAACCGUUCUCGCGAAGGUCUCCGGACCAAUCACAAUUCUUAUCCUUGCCUGAUGAACUCACGGCCGCGACUGCGCAAACGGGCUUCUUCCUUUCUCUUUCACAUUCAUCAUGGCUCCGGGACGGCCCAACUCCACGCUCCCCUUCGGAAAUAUGCUUUCGAAAGCAAUGGUGGCGCUCAACUUGAGGGAUUCUCGGGAUGAGUACAAGAAAGUUUCGAGCGAGGAAGAUGGUCAGGUUGCCAUGUUCUCCGAACCUUCCGGUUAUCAGGAGCAGCAAGAGGACGCUGGAGAGGCAGUCGGUCUGAUGGGAGGGGCCGCGGUUCCAAUCCGUCACAAGCGCAAGUCCGGAAUCUGUGUAUGGUAUGGGACGGACUGCUCCCUGUUUUGGAAAGCUUUCGGAAUUAUUCUGGCCAUUCUCGCAGUAUGGAGCGGGUUCAGACUGAUCCGAUGGGCUGUCGCUCCCAGGCGGUCGGGUUUGGAGAAGAUGCCUGCCUUCAGCACAUCUCUAGGUUGUGUGGGCGCCCAUUAUGUCUACAAGGGUGUCUCGGACUUCCAUGUCCCCAUCUCCUCCCAGUUCCGAGAUCAUAGCAUCGACAUCCAUGGCGGUGCCAAGGGCACUAUCACGGUCCUCCAAGGCGCCCCUUCGGAUGUCAUGGUCCGCUACGAAGUGAACAUCCGCACAGACAACAAAGAUCUCCUGACCGACCUAGAAGGGCGCCGAGUGUUCUCUUACCCUACAGGUAAUAGCGAUGGUACCGCCCCCGAGAGUCGUCUGCGGAUCUCGACCCCCUAUCCUAAAGACGGAGCCUGCAUGCGUUACGAUGUCAAGAUGUUCAUUCCACCGACUCUGAAGAAGCUGAACAUUGCCUCUCAUACCGUCACCCACGUCCAAUUCGAUCCCGACUCGGACAUCCAGAUCGAAGACUUAAUCCUCACUCUAUUCACCGUCAAUCCCAACAACAUGGUUCUGCCUCACAACUCUUUCAAGGCCGACAGAAUGUCUCUCGAAGUCAUCCAAGGCUGGAUUGUCGGUGACGUAUCCAUCUCGAGCUCCACCAAACUUGGUACCCAGCGCGGAAACGGUGUCAUCAACGUCCGUGCCCACCCAACACCGGCCACUGGCCCUGGACAGAAAGCGACACUGCAAACACUGAGCGGCGUAGGACGCACAGAUGUCUUCUAUGUUGAAGGCGAUAAAACCAUCCACCGACCCAUCUCGGCUCUCCACAUCUCGUCCAUGCAAAACAAUGUCUACCUCAAUUACCGGGAGUCCAACUUCAAAGGUCGGAUUGAGCUAUCGGCCCCUCGUUCCACAAUCACAGGCCAGAUACAGCGGUUGACGGAGGGUGUGACUCAGAAGAACCCUUGGACUCAUUGGUUUGGUGACCAGCACGGCGAAGAUGAGCUGGUCGCCCGGUCACUAACAGGAUGGGUUGGAAUGUACUUUGAAAUGGGAUGUUAA